GUGUGGGUGACCGCGACUGCUUGGAUUUUUGAUUCGCUAAUGGCUACACAAUAGCCACUACUUCUUUUAAGCUGCCAUCCGAUGUACUCUUGCCACAUAAACACAAGUCUCUUGAUCAGUGCAAUAUUUGUUUUUAAUUUCUCAACUUGAAUCUCUUUUGCGCUGUAUUCGCCUGCAAUUACUAAAUCUCACUGAUUAGAGGGGCAGUCAAAGAUCAAGUCAGUUCAAAGGCGCAAAUGCAGUAAAUCCGAGCACUAUCAAAGAAAGAGCUGAAUCGCUCCGCGCCAUGAAUCGUUAAUUGUCAACUGUUCGGCUACGAAGCAAGUGCAAGAAAUUUUUACAGCAGAAAUCCUAGGCGAUUGAAGAAUAUUCAAGCGAGAUGCGACUUUCACAACAGCUCACAAUCAUAUUUAUUUUCCUUUGCUCUCUCGGAUUGAAAGCUAAGGCUGAGGAACUUUUAAUUGUGAGACAACGACUUCAAAAUGCCACGACUGAGCUCCAAUGUUUCUACAAUGGACCACAAGAUAAAUCUGUUGGUCUAGCUUGGAUUCUACCAGCUGGAGUUCGAAGAGCAAAUGAAAGCCAUCAACGGUGGAAACACAAAAGCUCUGAGUCAUUCAUUCGAGGCCACUUUGAAUACUACGGAACCGUUUGGGACUCCACCAAUUCUAUGCAUGUCAAAAACAACAUUUUACCUCCAGUACUUGAUGAAAGAUGGAACGAAUUCAACGAAGUGCAAACAGCGCCAAACGAAAAUUUUCAACUUCUGAGUAGAUUUACUACGAAUCGAUUGCAUUUGUCUAUCCUUGCGAAAAAUGACGCACAAAUUGCACUUCAAACUGGCGACUCUGCCCACACGAGCAUUUCGUACCUCAUCACACUGGACCCGUCCUACCAGACCCCGGGAUCGCUUAACCUCGAACUAUGUCCUGGCGGGGUUAGCAGGGAGCGCAGCUCACAUAGAUGCAGUCUAUUAACAAAAACUGAUUCUCGAGAUUCGGCCAGCUUGUUGAAGAACGGCAAAGAGUGGACACACUUCACAAUUUCUAUAGAAGAGGAACACAGCCUAGCACACCGCAUCAAAAUGAUUGAUGCGACUAGCGGAAAAAUUUUGCUUGACUAUCGGAAGCAACCGGCUUAUCACAGAUUACCAAGCGGUAUAUCUGUGAGGACGUUGGACUCAACCGGAUCAUGGAAAAUACAUGCGUAUCGCGUGGUGAUCCAUAAUGCAAAAGAGGACGGAGAGGGAUUCAACGUUAAUGAAGUGAGCAAGCCAACAAACUCAUGUCUUCACAUCCAUUACUUUUUCAGAGCGGGCUUUGGAAAAGCGCUAGUUAGAACCAAAGACGGAAGCGUUACGAUUGAAUUAGAGCCAACCAAUGGAAAGUGGAGGCACGCAAUUAUUAGGGCGCCGAUGAAUCCACCAUCGGAUUAUUUGCAUUUUAUCCCGCCAUUCGGUCCUCAUUUGCAUUUCGUGGGCACGGUUUUUGCAAUCAACCAACCAUUUCGAGUUUGUGGAGAGGAGGAGUUCUUCACUUCAAAAAUCGUGCUACCAGAAGGGACAGACCCAACAAACACAGUAUGCCAAACUAUUUCCAGUGACGCUGACGAGCAGUAUGCGGCAGUGCAUGGAACCAUCUUUACAGAGAAAAACAAAAAUAGCGUAGAUUGCCCGAGAAACACUUUUGGCAAAUACUGCAAUAUCACCUGUGGAAGUGUAAUGAGUGACAAAUCGUGCCAAAGCAAAGUUCAGUGCGACAAGGAAAUUUGCACCUGUUUGCCAGGUUACAUGCCAACCAACAAGUGGGAGACUACAUGCUCAACUGUCACUGCUGAGCAAGCCACCAUUGCCCCUCAGCUAACCGAGUCACCAUUUUUGGCUGUCGAGGAUGAAGAUAUAUCUAUUAACAAACAAAGUUCUGAAGAAUACAUCGAUUCUGAAGCGGAAUACACGCAAGAAUCAAGGGAGCAAAAUAGGAGUUAUGUGAUUUGGUGGAUCGUUGGCAUCACUUGUUCCUGGUUAAUAACCAUGUGCGCCUUGGUUCUCGUUUUUAGAGAAAGGCCAGAUCUGGUGCCUGUGUGGAUGUACAGUUUGAUGAUGCGCUGCACAGGCCGAAAUGCAGGUGGUCAAUUGAUCAAUGACGAAUAAGCGUUUUUUAAUUAUUUUGUUAUCUAAAAAAAACUAGCUCUCCAGUGAUAACACACAGGGACUUUUUUAAUCUAACUUAAAAAUAUUACUUCAUGAAAAGUCAUGCCUGUAUUUUUCAAAGCCAGCUAAAGAAAAAAAGAAAGGAAAUUUUGAAAUCAAUUGUUUUUUUAAUAAAAGCCUUAAUUAAAAGUGUCAACAA